UAUUCAGUUACCUAGUUUAUUGCUCUAUGAUAUUCUGUACAUAGUUUAUCCUAACUUAUAGCUUAAUUAGUGGCUUAAUUGUAGGCUUGAGAUAAGUCUUGUAAUGUGUAUAUAAACAAAGUGAAUAGCAAUGAGAAAACCACGGAAUAUAAUUCCUUCAUGGUAUCAGUCGCUUAGGGUAAUUUCCGCUGCUCCCUAGUGCUCUGUUCCACCCUUUCUUCUCUUCUUCUCUUCCCCUUUCUUCUCUUCUUCUCUGUUUUUCACAGUAAGCAUGUCAGAUAACAAGUCCUCUUUCCACCCGGCUUUUACUGUUUCCAACAUUAAGAGCAACAUUCCAAUUACUCUUGAAUUGGACAAUGUUGCAUACUCCACUUGGGCGGAACUUUUCAAAAUUCACGCUCGAUCUCACAAGGUUCUCAACCAUAUUAUUGCUCCGAAAAAGAAGGUCGCUGCCCCUUCAACCGAUGAGGAAAAGGAGCUAUGGUCGACAUUGGAUGCAUUGGUUCUUGGGUGGAUAUAUUCGACCAUUUCGAAGGAUCUUUUGCAAACAAUUAUUGAACCGGAUUCUACGGCAAUGGAGGCUUGGGAAAGAUUGCGUGAUAUUUUCCGAGAUAAUCAAAACUCUAGAGCCGUAACCCUUGAACAAGAAUUCUCCAACACAAAAAUGGAGGAUUUCCCUAACGCCUUGGCGUACUGUCAAAGGCUCAAGAGUCUUUCUGACCAAUUGAAAGAUGUAGGGGCACCGGUCGAUAACAAUCGUCUUGUGCUUCAAUUGGUUGCCGGUCUCACAGAGUCCUACCAUGGUGUUGCUACACUCAUUCGGCAAAGCACUCCCCUCCCUCAAUUCUAUCAAGCCCGAUCGAUGCUCACUUUGGAGGAGUCGGGUUUGGCUAGAAAGGCUGCUCACUCCGCUACGGCAAUGGUGGCGGGUUCUACUCGAGAUACUGAUUUCGGGGCUGAUUCGGGUUCGGUACGUGGCAAGAACAAAAAUCCGAAGAAGAAUGGUGGUGGCCGAAAACAGUCAGGCGGUGGUUAGAGUGCAGGGG